ACAUGUCUUUUUUAAACAGAAGUGUUUCCCCUGGGCAACGAUCGAACUCGCCUAUGGCGUCUAAUUGUGAAACAGAACUUCAAGAAAACCAUCUUACCGAAACAGAAGAUAAGCUCUUCCUUACCCAAAAGGAAACUGAAGCGACCAUUGACGGUCAAGAGCAACUGAAUGCUAUUUCAAACGGGAAUAUGGGAAAUGGUAGUAGUUUGCUGCAAACUGCUGACGAGAAGAGCGAUGCCAGCCAAGGUCCGAGAUUGUAUCAUGUGGCCCUGCUGGCUAUAUGUUUUCUCUCAGUAGUUUCUCUUGCGCUCACCUUGCUGAUGUUGUUUGGUGUACUUCACGUUGGUUCACCGCAAUGUUCCUGCUCUGGAGAAACAGAAAUAUCAGAACUUAAGAAGAAUCAACAAGAGCUGAAAAGGAACCUCUCGUCUUUGAGAGAACCGGUAAGUCAAAAUUCUUCGCUAUUAAUUAGGGAAGAAAAUUCAGUGAUAGAAAUCUCAUCUUCAAAGAGGAUUCUGGAGAAUAACAUUGCUGAGAUUAAAAAGGAGUUCCUGAAUGUUAAAAACAAAGUUUCAAAAGGCUUAGAGAAUCUGGAGAAUAACUUUACCGAGGUUUCAAAAGGUUUAGAGAAUCUGGAGAAUAACUUUACUGAGAUCACAUGCCCACUGGGACUCAAUAGUACUAAGGGUGAUAUUGGACCUGCCGGACCUGCUGGACCUGCCGGACCUGCUGGACCUGCCGGACCUCCAGGAUAUAAUGGUACUCAGGGCCCUCGUGGACCAUCCGGUUACAAUGGUACCCAGGGCCUACCUGGACCUGGGGCCAGUUCCUGUGUUUACAAGAUUGCAUCCAGCCUGGGUAUGAAAGCAGAUUCGGCCGCUAGGCAAGAAGUGGAAAUGAAGGAACCAAACAAUACGACCUUCAUUGGUGUAAACUGUGAUACAAAUGACGCAAAAUUUGUUAAAUUAUCAAGCACCAAAUUAGGUGGCGAAAGAACCUACAAGUGCUUUUGCGAAGGUACCCUUAGACUGGGGGUGUCAGAUCUGUAUUGCUACAUGCACUACUGGGAGUGUCAGCUCUAAAUAGGAAAACGUUAAGCCAUUCUUUGUAACAGAGCCCUUUUUAAAGACAAUAAUAGUAUUUUACCAGAAACGAGAUGAAGAGCAAUUUAGAUAGUUUAACAUGAGUACCGCAAUAUUAAAAACUGCCCUGACUAUAUCAUAUUUUUUAGGUUAGGUUAGGUAGGUUACUUGUUUUCAAAUGUGUCCAGUAACAGAAAAAGGCAAAUAAUGAUUUCAUCAAAUCAUAUUUUUAUGGAUAUUAAUGGCUCAUUUCGGACUUAGCCUUUUGGCAUCAGAGAAGGUAACAGAGUUAGAAGUGCAGUCAUCUUCUUUUAUUCAAUUAACGUUUAUUCAUGAUCUUUUCUUAAGCUUUAUUAGAAUCCGACAUUUUACGAUACGAGCCGAUGAAUUUUCCACGAACAGUAAAAAUAAUUUAAUUUUGCCAGAAAGUAUUUUUUUGCGACCUCAA